AUGCGGUGGCGGCUGCCUGGUGCCCGGCCGACACUCCCCGCCAGCGUCGCACUCCUCCUACUUCCUGUUCUUGUCGCUCCGCAGCAGCUGCAUGAACAUCACGAUGCCCCCUCCGCCGUAUCCGUUCCCAUAGGACCUACGGGUCACGUUCCCGCAUACUCUUCAUCCCCCUCCGCGUUGAACGUGAAAUCCAACGAUGCGAGCGCCCUAGCAACCCUGGCUCUGGCGGGCUCCGGCCGCGCCGUUCGAGCCCCUCCCAGCCAGUCCAGCAGUGCUUCUGCUGGCCUGGCCCCGCAGCUGCACGCGCGGUCUUUGCAAGAUUGGGAGGUCGAGGACUUUGUUCUGCUGGCGACCGUCGAUGGUAGCAUUCACGCUCGAGACCGUAAGACCGGUGCUCCCCGCUGGGCCCUCGAGGUCCCGAGUAGCCCGACGGUCGAGAGCAUUUACCAUCGAGCGAAUCGCUCGAGCUUCGACAGUACCCAGCCAGAAGAUGACUUCAUCUGGAUUGUCGAGCCAAGCCAAGAUGGCAGCCUCUAUAUCUUCAGUCCCGAUCCCAAUGCUGGCCUGCAGCAGCUAGGGUUGACCGUGAAGGAGCUCGUGGAUGAGACGCCCUAUUCGGGGACCGAACCGGCCGUAACUUAUACCGCGAGGAAGGAGACGACGCUUUAUACUAUUGACGCCCGGACUGGUUCGAUUCUGCGGGUGUUUAGCUCUAGGGGCCCGAUGCCCUCUGGACCGGAGUGCCGUAGGGCUGACGAUCUCGAUGCAGAGUCCGAUGAGUGCGAGUCUUCAUCGGGGACCUUGGUUCUAGGUCGAGUUGAAUACGCCGUCGCUAUUCAGAACACGGAAACUGGUGAUCCGAUUUGCACCUUGAAAUACUCCGAGUGGACGACCAACAACCGCGACGUUGAUCUCCAAAGCCAGUACUUUCGGACAAUGGACCAAAACCAUAUCUACAGUAUGCAUGACGGGGUUGUUUUGGGCUUUGACCAUUCGCAAAUGGAGCGUCCCCGCUAUACGCAGCGGUUCUCCUCGCCUGUUGUGCGGGUCUUUGACGUUGCUCGCUCGGUUAGCGGUGAAAAUCCAGAUGUUUCACAACCACUCGUUCUUCUCUCCCAACCUUCGCAGCCCCCGGAUCCUGAUUAUGGCUCACUUGAUGAUCGUAAUGACCGUGUGUUCAUCGAUUACACCGAAGGCGGCGGUUGGUAUGCCAUGUCUGAGGACACCUACCCACUUGUUACCGGACGAGCGAAGAUGGCUCAAUAUUACGAGAAAGACUAUUUCCGCCAUGGACAGCCGCUUACGAGCUUGUCCCCAAAGCAACAACGAGCCGCAUUGGCCGGUGUCCAUUCCCUCAACAGCCCACGGAUCCCCCGCCGUCAGAUUCCCAGCAUAUCUGGUUCGUCGUCGGAGUUUUCGAACGAUACUCCUCGAGAGAUUAUCCGAAGCCCGUCCGAUGCAGCUUUACCACCAGCUCUCCGUCACAGCACCAUCAUUCGCAAGGGUUGGGACAACGCCCUUGAUAUUGUCGUCACGCUUAUCCUGCUCUUUUUUGGCACUUUUAUCUGGUUCAACUCUCACAACAUCCAAGAGCUGGCGAAGCAAAAGCUUGACAUAAAGAAUAUCAUCUCCGCCUACGGGCAGCCGCCUCUAUCUGCCCCCUCAACGCCGCUCGUUGACACAUCCUCUCUAAAGCGAGAUUCGAGUACUGUCCGUGCGGUCAACGAUGUUACAGCUGAUCUUAAGGUUGAUGGAUCUCGCAAUGAUGGUGAUUUGACACCAAAGCAAAGAUCACGCAGCUCUAUUGCGCCCGAUACCACCCCGCGGGUUCGUAUCCGCGAACCAUCGCGCCAGCCGGAUGGCGACGAUGACGUGGAAGAGCUCUCUCUACAGGACGCCGAGAAGCCGAAGAAAAGGCGCCCUCGCGGACGUCGUGGUGGCAAGAAUCACAAACCUAAAGGGAAGAAACCCGAUGGUACCAAUGAAAACUCCGACCAUGCUGAUGGCACCCUCCAACCACCAUCUCGGCCAGAUACUGGACUAUCAUUGACACGCACCGCAUCUAAUGAGGUCUUUGAAAUGGACGGCGUGAUUCAAAUUGGCCGGCUCAAGGUCUUCACAGCUGAUGUACUCGGUCAUGGAAGUCACGGUACAGUAGUGUACCGAGGCUCGUUUGAUGGCCGAGAUGUCGCCGUCAAACGCAUGCUGGUUGAGUUCUACGACAUUGCAUCCCACGAGGUUGGGUUGCUUCAAGAGAGCGACGAUCAUAAUAACGUUAUUCGGUACUACUGCCGAGAGCAGGCAGCCGGUUUCUUUUACAUUGCCCUAGAGCUGUGCCCUGCUUCCUUGCAGGAUGUGGUAGAGCGGCCAACAGGGUUUCCUCAACUGGUCAAUGGGGGGUUGGACAUGCCCGACGUCUUGCGUCAAAUUGUCGCUGGUGUGCGGUACCUCCAUUCUCUAAAAAUCGUGCAUCGUGAUCUCAAACCCCAGAAUAUCUUGGUUGCGUCACCUCGAGGCCGUAUAGGCUCUCGAUCCAUUCGCCUUCUGAUCUCCGACUUCGGCCUGUGCAAGAAACUCGAGGACAACCAAAGCUCAUUCAGGGCAACCACAGCUCACGCUGCUGGUACGUCCGGAUGGAGGGCGCCUGAACUGCUUGUAGACGACGAGAAAAGCCCGGCCAUGCAGAGCUCAGAUUCUCAGCAUACGGAGUCAUCCGAGCCUGCAGUCGUUGAUCCUCAGACAAAUCGACGAGCUACUCGUGCCAUUGAUAUAUUCUCUUUGGGGUGCGUGUUCUACUAUGUCCUCACUCGCGGAUGCCAUCCUUUUGACAAGAACGGCAAGUUCAUGCGCGAGGCGAACAUUGUGAAGGGCAGUUUCAGCCUUGAUGAACUCAAGCACCUUGGAGAGUAUGCGUUCGAAGCGGAUGAUCUAAUCCGGUCAAUGUUAUCUAUUGACCCUCGUCAACGCCCCGACGCCAGCGCUGUCUUGACCCACCCCUUCUUCUGGGAGCCAUCAGACCGCCUCAGCUUUCUCUGUGACGUUUCUGACCAUUUCGAGUUCGAACCGAGAGACCCGCCGUCUGAUGCCCUUCUAUGUCUAGAGUCCGUAUCUCCCGAAGUCAUCGGGCCGGACAUGGAUUUCUUGAAACUGCUCCCUCGAGAUUUCAAAGAGAGCCUCGGCAAGCAGCGCAAGUACACGGGAUCCAAAAUGCUCGAUUUGCUACGCGCACUCCGAAACAAGCGUAACCACUACAACGAUAUGCCCGGGCCUCUGAAGGCCCACAUCGGCGGACUCCCUGAGGGGUAUCUGAACUACUGGACCGUGCGAUUCCCCAGCCUCCUGAUGAGCUGUCAUUGGGUGAUUGUGGAGUUGGGAUUGACCGGCACUGAUCGCUUCAAGCGGUAUUUUACUCCGUUAGAAUAG